AUGCCAAAUGUGCCAUCCAAAUAUAACAAAAAUACCGCCAUCACCGUCACAUCAUCAUCCCAUCAUCUCCAUCAUCAUCAUCUCCCAUCACCCCCAUCACCCCCAUCAUCCCCAUCAUCCCCAUCAUCUCCAUCAUCUUCAUCAUCCCCCAUCACACCCAUCAUCCUCAUCAGACACAUCAUCCCCCUCAAUCAACCCCAUCAUCCUCCAUCACCCCACAUCAUCCCCAUCACAUGUCCUCCAUCAUCCCCAUCCACAUCACCCCAAUCUACACCCCAUCAUCAUCUCCAUCAUCUCCCAUCCCCAAUCUCCAUCAUCCACAUCAUCAUCCCCAUCUCCCCAUUCAUGCCCAUCAUCAUCAUCCAUCAUCCCCUCCAUCAUCCCCAUCAUCUCCAACAUCCAUUCAUCCCCCUCAUAUCAUCUCCAUCACCCAUCAUCACCAUCAUCCAUCAUCAUCCUCCAUCAUCCCCAUCAUCUCCAUCAUCCCCAUCAUCAUCCCCCAUCAUCAUCCAUCAUCACCCAUCAUCUCCAUCAUCCCCCCAUCAUCCCCAUCCCCACAACCCCAUCAUCCCCAUCACCCCCAUCAUCCACAUCUUCUCCAUCAUCCCCAUCCCAUCAUCAUCCCCAUCAUCCAUCAUCCCCAUCAUCCCCAUCCCCAUCAUCCCCAUCACCCCCAUCAUCUCCAUCAUCCCCAUCAUCCACAUCAUAUCCCUCAUCCCCAUCAACCCAUCAUCCCCAUCCAUCCCCAUCCCCAUCAUCUCCCCAUCACCCCAUCUUCCAUCAUCCCAUCAUCCACAUCCAUCAUCAUCCCCAUCAUCCCCAUCCAUCCCCAUCAUCCCCAUCAUCCCCAUCAUCAUCCCAUCAUUCAUCUCAUCACCCAUCAUCUCCAUCAUCCCCAUCAUCCCCAUCAUCCCCAUCCCCCAUCUCCAUCAUCCCCAUCACACAUCAUCCAUCAUCCCCAUCAUCCCCAUCAUCCCCCAUCAUCCCCAUCAUCCAUGUCAUCAUCCCCAUCAUCCCCAUCACACCCAUCAUCCCAUCAUCUCCCCAUCAUCCCCAUCAUCUCCAUCAUCUCCAUCAUCCCCAUCACCCCCAUCAUCCCCAUCACCCCAAUCAUUCCCGUCAUCCCCUCCAUCAUCUCCAUCACCCCAUCAUCCCCAUCACCCCCAUCAUCCCAUCACCCCCAUCAUGUAA